AUCACACCAAAGCCAGCAGCAGGCACGAGCAGCCUCCAGAGACCCAGUGCGUUCUCAGAGCCAAGCAGCUUGCAAUAUAAUGGCGUCGUCGCUCAAGUUCACGGUGCGGAGGCGGCCCGCGGCGCUGGUGGCGCCGGCGUCCCCGACGCCGCGGGAGCUGAAGCGGCUCUCGGACAUCGACGACCAGGACGGGCUGCGCUUCCACAUCCCCGUCAUCCAGUUCUACCGCCGGAGCGCGCUCAUGGGCGGGCGGGACCCGGCGCCGGUGGUCCGGGACGCCGUGGCCAGGGCGCUCGUGCACUACUACCCGUUCGCCGGUCGGCUCAGGGAGCUGGAAGGCCGCAAGCUCGCCGUGGAGUGCACGGGCGAGGGCGUGCUGUUCAUCGAGGCCGACACCGACGUGCGCCUCGACCACUUCGGGGACGCGCUGCAGCCGCCGUUCCCGUGCCUCGAGGAGCUCAUCUUCGACGUCCCCGGCUCGUCCGAGGUGCUGGGCUCGCCGCUCCUCCUCUUCCAGGUGACGCGGCUGGCGUGCGGGGGCUUCAUCCUCGGGGUGCGGCUGCACCACACGAUGGCGGACGCGCAGGGGCUGGUGCAGUUCCUCGACGCCGUGGCGGAGCUGGCGCGGGGCGCGGCGGCACCGACGGUCCGGCCGGUGUGGGGGCGGGAGCUGCUGGAGGCGCGCGACCCGCCGCGGCCGGCCUUCGCGCACCGCGAGUACGACGAGGUGCCGGACACCAAGGGCACCAUCAUCCCGCUGGACGACAUGGUGCACCGCUCCUUCUUCUUCGGGCGCCGGGAGGUGGCGGCCGUCCGCGCCAACCUCCCGCCGGGCCUCCGCUCGCGCGCCUCCAGGUUCGACCUCCUCACGGGGCUCCUGUGGAAGUGCCGCACCGCGGCGCUCGCCCCGGACGCCGACGAGGUGAUGCGGAUGAUCUGCAUCGUGAACGCCCGCGGCGGCAAGUCCGGCGCCGCCAUCCCCGAGGGCUACUACGGCAACGCCUUCGCGUUCCCGGUGGCCGUCGCGACGGCCGGGGACCUCGCCGCGAGGCCGCUCGGGUACGCCGUGGAGCUGGUGAAGCGGGCCAAGGGCGAGGUGGACGUGGAGUACAUGCGCUCGGUGGCCGACCUGAUGGUGCUACGCGGGCGGCCGCACUUCACGGUGGUGCGCGCGUACCUGGCGUCCGACGUGACAAAGGCCGGGUUCGGCGACCUGGACUUCGGCUGGGGCAAGCCGGUGUACGGCGGGCCCGCCAAGGGCGGCGUGGGCGCCAUCCCCGGGGUGGCCAGCUUCCUCAUCCCGUUCAAGAACGCCAAGGGCGAGGACGGCAUCGUCGUGCCCAUGUGCCUGCCCGGCCCCGCCAUGGAGACGUUCGUCAAGGAGAUGGACAAGCUGCUGAGCGCGCCCGCAGACGCAGAGGCAGAGCAGCAGAAGGAUGCGUUCCCCGUCAUCAGGUCCGCGCUCUGAAGUGAGCUCUCUGCUGAGGCAGCCGCGCGCACGGCGCCGAUCGAACCAUCGUUUUCGCUUCGUGCUACAGCAAGCAUAUAGGUAAUCAUCAGCGGGUCCUGAGCAGCUGAGCUUGUGUAACGUAGUGGGUGUGGGUGUGGGUGAACCAUAGUACGUUGACGUGCGUGGAGCUACGUUGAUGUAUACGUAUGUAAUGCGCGCAUUUGGCCGGCUAUAUGGGUUGUUGUGACGUUGUAUGUAUAUUUUGGUACCUUUUCAUCCAAUAAUUCAUAUACACUUCUUCCCUUU